CAGUUUAAUAAAACCAAUCGGACUUGACGCUCAGCUUUCCUUACACCCCGUGAUCUCCAAAACAACAUAACAAAGUGUGGGCAAACAUGGCAAGCGGAGAGGAGACCACAAGUCGCCCCUUGGUUCCCUCCUCUUCAGUCGGCCUGGAGGAUUUUUUCACCGCCAGGGCGUCGGAGCAGGCCGGCGGGGACGGAGACCCGGAGCUCCAGCGCCUGCAGGAGCGUCUUCAGGCUUGGCUGUCGCCGUACGACUCCCUGCUGCAAUGGGCGCAGAGGCUAUUGGUCUGGGAGAGGCCGCUGUACAGCAUCUCCGCUGUCCUCACGCUCAACACACUGUUCUGGCUCCUGUCCUCCACCUCCCUUCGGCCGCUCUUCGUCCUCAGCGUCUCUCUGCUGGGACUGAUGCUGCUGGAAAGGUGGAAGUCCAAGUUUCCCACCGUUACAGUUCAGCAUGUCGAGGCUCGUCCUAUACGAAGUGAAAGCCUGAGUUCUGAGCAGCAUCUACUCAGCGUUCCUGAGCUCAGCCACCACUUGGCCGAGAGCUACCUGACCAGCUGCAUGUAUCUGCAGGAGAUGCUGCAGUACAAACGACAGAACCACAGAAAGUUCUGUGUGAUGAUGUGCAGCGGCUCCUUUGUGUUUGCUGUGGUUGGACAUUACGUACCUGGAAUCAUGAUCUCCUACAUUAUAGUUCUGAGUGUUCUGCUCUGGCCGUUGGUGGUUUACCACGAGCUGAUCCAGAGGAUGUACACGGGCCUGGAGCCCAUCCUGAUGAAACUGGACUACAGCAUGAGCACGGAGCACCGCAAGCACGACAAGCGGAAGGUGAAGAAGGAGGUGGAGGACGGGGACGAGCCCAGUGCAGAAACGGAAAGCGAGAGUGAAAGCGAGGAGGAAUUGUCCUGUUUUGCUCCUACGGUGGAUGUGAAAACCACGGCCCUGGCGAUGGCCAUCACGGACUCGGAGCUGUCGGAUGAAGAGGCGUCCAUACUCGAGAGCGGCGGCUUCCCCGUUUCCAGGGCAACCACCCCCCAGCUCGUGGACAUGUCGGAGGAGGUGGAGCAGCAGAGUUUCCACAGCGACCCAGAGGACCCGCGCGACCUCCCAGAGUUCCCGUCAGUCGAGGAGUUCCCGUCCCUCGAGCACACCCUGCUUCACUUCAACCUGCGCGGGCCGGGUCAGGGGGAGGCGGGCCACGCCGGCGCCCAGCCGGAGGAGCCGCUGAGCCCCGCCAGCCUCCUCAUCCAGCACCUGGCGUCACCCUUGCACUUUGUCAACACGCAUUUUAACGGACACGCUCGAGCGUCCGGGGCGGAGGGCAGGGCGCCGUCAGAGCCGCGUCCUCAGGGGGCGGAGCCGAGGGGACCCCCCGUCGCCCUGAGCACACAGCAGUCUCUGGAGGCGCUGAGCGAGGAGAUCGUGAGCACGGCCAUCUCCACCGUCGUCCAGAACACUCUGUCAGCCCUGCUGCGCUCCGGCGAGGAGCCCCCUUCGGCCGAGUUCCUGCCGGCCGAAGCGCCUCACGAAGCGCCCGGUCCCGACCAGGACCCGGAGGAGGGGGUCGCCGGGGAACGCGGCGCCGGCGAGGAUCUGCCAGACGACACGCUAGUUCCCACCGAGGACGAGGACUUUGAGCUUUUGGACCAAAGCGAACUGGAUCAGGCCGACGAGGGGCUGGACGGCUCCUCUGACAGACAGGUGGGGGGCGGGGCUACAGACGCGCCUCAGCAGCCGCAGUCGUAGCCGUCCUCCCUCCUUUCCCCGCCACCUUUGUUUUUAUUUGUACGUGAAUCUCCAAACCCGUGUCCAGGAGGCGUUCAGCACCUGAUCUGUUCCGUUUCCUCAGAUGUUUAUGAAGAGAUAAAAUUCUAUCUAGAUACUAAUUUAUUCCACAGUUAUUUAAUUUAGAGGCCAGAAGAGGAAACUGGAUUCAAGGUUUAAAA